GUGACUGACAACGGUGGAGAGUCUUUGAGGGGCUCCUUGUGGUAGACGUGUAAAAGUAAAGUGUGGGCUCCCGAAAGUGAGUGAGUGAGAAAAUAUUUUGUGCCCGACAACGUAUAUAACGACGAGAGAGGGCUCCUCCUAAGAAAUAAGUGAUAAGAGUAAAGUUGACGAUUAUUUUGCUGAUAAUGAAUAUUUUGUGAUUCGAUAAUUAUUACACAUUCGCCUGUCUCCUUCUCCAUUUCCAAUAGAUUGUGCUUUUUUUCCUCAAUCUCUCACAGUUUAAUGUGAAACAGUUUUCUUCAAACAUCUAAACGAUACAGUCAUACGUAAAUGUGCCUUUGUGCAGCAAUUUUCCUCAGUUCAACGUAUAAGGAAAAAAAAGAAGAAAAUUCUUAUAUUUUUUCCUCUAUGACUCUCAAGUGUGCGCAAACUUUAUUUACUUUCAUAUAUAAUAUUCAACAAGUGGUGUACGUUGUCGUCUUGAAUGGAGCUAAAAGUGUUUUUAUUCAUUGACAAAUUUGACCAUUUUUCCUAAUAGUUUAGUUCCUUUUUUUGUGUGAUAAUAAGUUUGUUUUUUAUUGCUACGCAUCGUCUGUGAUCUCGUGCAAUUUGUUAAAAUUUACAACCAAAAAACAUAUUACAUAGACAGAGAGAGAAAAAAAGAGACCUCAACAAAUACCGCCGCAUAUUUUUUUAGUAGUGCAAUCCAGUGUCAGAGAUUAAGUUGUCGAGUCAUUCCAUAUUCAGAUAUUGUAAUAGUUUAGCGAGAAAAAUCUUGAAGUGAUGAUGAAAAGUGAAUUUAUGUCCAAUUUUGAAAAUGCCAACUUCAUCCUUAGUCCCACCUUUGAGGAGAAUAUCUUCCAAAUAUUUGAUCAUGACACAACCCCUGUUCUACCGGUUAACAGUCCGCCAGAGCUUGCAAGUCCCUCAAGUGUAAAUGGCCAAAGCAAUGGCCAGGGCAUUGUGGGCAGUUGUUGUGCCAUUUGCGGUGAUCGUGCAACAGGCAAACACUACGGGGCACCCAGUUGCGAUGGGUGCAAGGGCUUCUUUAGGCGUAGUGUACGCAAAAAUCACCUCUACACGUGUCGCUUCUCGCGAAAUUGCGUCGUGGACAAGGACAAGAGGAAUCAGUGUCGUUACUGUAGACUGAGGAAGUGCUUCAAGGCGGGCAUGAAGAAGGAAGCUGUACAGAAUGAGCGUGAUAGGAUCAGUAGUCGUCGCCUGAGUACAGAAGAUCGGGAUACGGGCAAUGGGUUGUCAGUGCAGUCACUUUUGCGGGCAGAAAUGGAGUGUCGACAGUCAAAAAUUGGGGUAAUCCUCGAGAGUACAACGGAGAAUCUGGAGAACAAACAAUUCGCCAGUAUUAAUGAUGUCUGCGAAUCAAUGAAGCAGCAGCUACUCAAUCUCGUCGAGUGGGCCAAACAUAUUCCGGCCUUCAAUGAGCUUCAGCUCGAUGAUCAGGUGGCCCUUUUGCGAGCUCAUGCUGGGGAACAUCUCCUGUUGGGGCUGUCACGGCGAUCGAUGCACCUGAAGGAUGUUCUCCUGCUCAGCAAUAAUUGCAUCAUUACAAAACACUGUCCAGAUGCAUGCCUCUCUCCCAACUUAGAUAUCUCCCGGAUAGGCGCAAGAAUCAUUGAUGAGCUGGUGCGUGCCAUGAAGGACAUCAAUCUCGAUGAUGCAGAAUUGGCGUGUAUAAAAGCUCUUGUUUUCUUCGAUCCAAAUGCCAAGGGACUCAAUGAACCAAACAGAAUUCGGGCGAUACGCCAUCAAAUACUAAAUAAUCUUGAGGACUACAUAUCAGAUCGUCUCUACAGCUCUCGUGGUCGCUUUGGAGAGAUUCUUCUCAUUCUGCCAGUUUUGCAAUCAAUAACAUGGCAAAUGAUUGAACAAAUUCAAUUUGCAAAACUCUUUGGUGUUGCCCACAUUGAUAAUCUACUACAAGAAAUGCUUCUUGGAGCAGACAAUUCCUCCCCAUUGACGCCUGUCAUGAACAGCUACAGCCCAUCGCAGUCACAGCAGCAGAUGUGCGAUCAGGUGCCCUCACCGCAGGAGCCUGUGUCAUCCCCAGAGCAACUAAUGUCUGAACAUCCGAUGCACGCGAGCCUCGAGAAUUCCCUCGAUGUCCCCAUGAUGCCCCUCGAAGCUGGUGGCAGUGAGGAUCUCUACCGUCGUACAGAGGCGACCUUCAAUCUCUCCCCAUCGGCUCCUGUAAAGGCAGAAAAAUGCUUUAUGACCACACCUGUGUCCUUUCCGCAGAUGCAGGAAUUCGGGCAGCAGUCAUCCGGGGAUAUGGAGUACGGCAGCAUGGGACCAGGAAGCAAUGGGAAUGUACCUCAUGCACCAGAGCACGCAAUGUACGACAAUGGGGGUCUUGUGCAGCGAAAGACCACAUGUGGCCACCAAAUGAGUCCCAAUGUGGGACCCAUUGGCCUUCGGACUAAUUUUAAACAAGAACCCGAUCAUAGGUUCUGAUCCAUCUAUAUUUUCUAAUUGUAAUUACCUGGGAUGGUUUCUUGAGGAAUUAUCCAAUAUAGAAUGAAUUUACCUUUCUCUACCACAGAGUCUUUUCUAAUAAAAUGAGCUGGGUCUAUUUUUAGGAAUAUUUUUUAAAUAAAAUUAAUAUUUUUAAGAGAAAUUUGUAAAAAUAAAAUAGAAUUUUAGUGGCAAAUUGUUAAAAGAAAUUGUAUAUUGAUAUUCUUCUGGCUGGAAGAGGACAGCGUGGCAAUAGUGAAAGUGCCUUUAAAAUACAAAAGAAUGAAAAUGUUAAGAGAGAAAGAUCAAAAAAAUGUUAGAAAUAUGGUUUUUAAGAUUAAAAAAAAAUGGGUGAUUUUGAGAUUUAAUAAGUUACGCUGCAAAGUUGUUUUUUUUUUUUAUCAUAGAUGUCUAAUAUAUUCGUGGCGAAUGUGUUAAGAGAUACAAAUUUAUACUGAGUCUGUUAUACAGCAAUAAAAUACAGCCUUUUUGACCAAAAAA